CGGUCAUUCAAAAUUGUCGGCAACUGCAACUCACAACUGCAGCUUCCGCAGCGGCGUCGGCGAGUAAGAUCACUCACACUCCCGAGGCGAGGCUUGCACGGCGACACCACGAGCCAUUCACGAUUGUGAUUCACAUUCUCACGACUCACGACUCACGACUCACGACUCACGACUCACGACUCGAGCGUAACAGUCACGGAUAAUCAACUCGUCACGAGGCUUGACAGCCGCGCAUGCCAUCUCGCUCGGGGCAAUGGCAGCUGAUGAGCGCGCACUCUUUGCAUCCCAGAUAACAGCGUCAGCGACAUUGCCUCUCAAGCACCAGCACAAGCACCAGCACCAGCACAAACACCAGCACGAACAUGGCUGAGCUUUUUGACAACGUCAAGUUCGAGAAGCCCUCGGGCGAGUUUGGCGAUGAGGUGGUCGCUAGAUUGUCCGAUCGGGUCCGCGCCAAGACAUUUGUCGUCACGGGUGCCAGUCCAGAUUCUCUUGCUCUCGCCGCGGUGCAUUCGCUGGUCAAAGGCGGGGCCGGCCGAAUAUUCCUGCUCGGCCGAAGCCACGGCAAAAUUCAAGCAGCAAUCGAUAGCCUCGGCAAGGUCGACACCGAGCUCGUUCCCAUCAUCGCUGAUCUCGACUCCAUCAAGUCCGUGCAACAGGGCAGCGAAGAGAUUGCAGCCAAGUCGCAAGACUCUGCUAUCGACUACGUUCUCGCAUCCGCUGGCAUCAUGGCCACUCCAUGGCAGCUGACGCAGGAUGGCAUCGAGUCGCAAUUCGGAGUGUGCCACGUCGCUCACUUUGUCCUCACAAAAGUUCUCCUCCAGGCCGCUCAAAAGGCCCACCGAACCGCGCCGAGGUUCUCAUACGUCUCUAGCACAGGCUAUCACGGUGGCAAUUUCCGCGGCGACGACUACAAUUUCAAGCAGGGCGCAGAGUACCACCCUUGGGUAGCGUACGGCCAAGCCAAGAGCGCAAACAUCAUCUUGGCUCGCGAGCUGGCAAGGCAGAAAGCCGGAGUGCUGGCUUACAGCGUCGACCCUGGCAUGGUCAAGACUCGAUUGGCUCGAUCUUUGUCCAAAGAGACGAUGAUCGCUUUCGGCUUCGCGGACGAGAAUGGCGUCCCCAAGAGCACAGGAACGUCCACUUUCGGUCUGGAAUUCAGCACGCACGAGCGAGCGGCUGGACAGAUGCUCUACUCGCUCUUGGAUCCUUCCCUCGAAGCUCAGAAUGGCGCGUUCAUCAGCAACGGCAGAGUCCUCGCAGUGGAUGCUGCUCAAACGGAAGAGGGCCUGUCUCAAAAGCUUUGGCAAGUCAGCGAAGAUAUCGUCAGUCGUGCCUUGCAAUGAGCUGGACAUUUGAUGUCGUUCUACGUAGUCUGCUGUCCGUUUCGCAAAUCGCGUUGAUCCAGAGCGGAAAAAGGGCAACUGUUGCACAGCAACACCAUCCUCUCAGUCGCCGGCGCGGGGACCCAAUGUCCAUUGCAAGACGAAGUUUCCCUUUUCCUCAUUCCUGUCUGGACGCU